UAAACUGACAGCAAACAUGCAGGGAAAGAAUACAGUGACCAGAAGGAGUUAUGAUUCAUAGAGCCUCUGCGCCUACACAAGUUAGCUCAGGUAGUGUUUGAUGUCACGCGCAGGGGUGAGAUGGCCUCGAGCUUUGCCCCGCCGAGGCUGGCAGACUUCCUGCUGACGGAGAGACUGGGCAGUGGCACCUACGCCACGGUGUACAAAGCCUACAGGAAGACGGAUAGCAGGGAAGCCGUGGCCGUGAAGGUGGUUAGCAAGAAGAGUCUGAACAAGUCGUCGAUGGAGAACCUGCUGACGGAGAUCGAGAUCCUGAAAACCGUUCGCCAUCCACAUAUCGUGCAGCUUAAGGACUUCCAGUGGGACAGUGAGAAUAUCUACCUCAUUCUGGAGUGGUGCUCUGGCGGAGAUCUGUCACGCUUCAUCCGGAGCCGGCGGAUUCUCCCCGAGCGAGUGGCACGUCUCUUCCUGCAGCAGAUAGCCUGUGCUCUGAAGUUCCUCCAUGAGAAGAACAUCUCUCAUCUGGACCUGAAGCCACAGAACAUCCUGCUGAGUGGCAACGUGCUGAAACUAGCAGAUUUCGGCUUCGCUCAGUACAUGUCUCCGUGGGACGAGCAGAGCUCUCUGAGAGGUUCUCCUCUCUACAUGGCUCCGGAGAUCGUGUGCCGGAGGCAGUACGACGCCAGAGUCGACCUCUGGUCCGUAGGGGUCAUCCUGUACGAGGCGUUAUUCGGCCGCGCACCAUUUGCUUCUCGUUCUUACGCUGAACUGGAAGAGAAAAUCCGCAGUGAUAAACCCAUUGAGCUGCCACCUGGUGCCAGAGUAUCCCGAGACUGUCGGGAUUUGUUACUCAGGCUGCUGGAGAGAGAUCCAGACUCGCGUAUCUCAUUCAACGAGUUCUUUCUGCACCCAUUUGUGGACCUGGAACACAUGGCCAGUCCUGAGAGUCUAAACAAGGCGAAGGAGCUGGUCCUGCGGGCGGUGCAGAAGGAUCAGGAGGGGGAGAAGGCUGCCGCUCUGUCUCUCUACUGCAGCGCGCUGGAGCACUUUGUACCCGCUAUUCACUAUGAAACAGACAGACAGAGGAAAGAGGUUCUGAGACAAAAGGUCAACCAGUAUGUGUCUCGAGCUGAAGAACUCAAAGCUCUGGUGGCUUCGGACAACAAAAUCAGCUUUGAGAAAGCCCAGUCAGCCCGGGACAUAUUACGAGAAAUGUCUCGGGAUCAUCCACGCCUACUCGCAGCGCUGGAUUUAUCUGCCACUGCUGUAGUGAAGGAGGCGUCUGGGAUCGAGGACUACGAAACGCUGGAUUUGUAUCAGCAAAGUUUGGGAGAGCUGCUGCUGGCUCUGGCUGCCGAGCCUCAAGGCCGCAGGAGAGAGCUGCUACAUAACGAGAUCAAGAGUUUGAUGAGCAGAGCUGAGGACCUUAAAAAACAGAUCCAGAUCCGAGAAACCCAGACAGAUGUCUCGCUGGAUAAAGAUCCGGUUGCUGAAUCUGUCCGAACGUCCUGUUGCCUGCAGUAACCAUGGGAACAUUCAGACUCAUCAGCCACAUCACAUGACCAUACCGGUGCCAUGAUCCAGGGCAAUCUGAUUGAACCCCAGAGAUUGACUGACUGACUGACUGACUCCGCCCUCGGACCAUGCGACAGCAAACACAAGCUGCUGCUUCUUCAUUACCGUGUAUCAAUGAAAUUAUUCUCUCUGCAUUCACUGGAUAUGAGCAAUCGCAUGGUCUGAUUAACUACUACUAGGAUAUCAGCUCAUAUACAGUGAGUUGAGAAAAACAAAAUGGCGGAGCGUUUUGCUGAACCGAGGACGAAGUAAAAACUACGCGAAUACAAAAAAAUAAAAGCAACAAAAUAUGGAAUGAGCGUAUUUAAUGGUAAGAACGUAUCAUGUUUUUUGUUUUGUUUUUUUCAAGGAUUAUUAUUAUUAUUAUUAUUAUUAUUAUUAUUAUUAUAGCAUUUUUUCACAAAUUGCUCCUGUCAUUUUGCCAGUUUGUUUACAUUCUAAGCGGAAAUGAUUUUGUCGGACGUUUUGUAUGACGUUUUUAUUCAUUGAAUUUGCAAAAAAAUAAAAUCAAAUAAAAAUGCCCUGUUUCUCAAAAUCCAGUGAAUGUGGAUAGAAUAAAACAGUUAUUCCACUCAAUCUCGUCGUACACAGAUUAUCGCCGCUAUCAGCUCAUGUACGACUCGAUUUCGUGGAAUAACUGUUAAAUAAUGAGUUGGGAGUGAUAAUAUUUGGAUUAUUUCCACAUUACUGUACUGUAUGUGAUUUCUUUACCUCUAGUCUGGAGCAUAUGGCAUUCGAAAUAUCAUAUCUGUAAAAAAAAAUAAAAAUACCAAAACACAAAUCUGAAUCUUUCCUAUACAGAACUGAAUGAGUCAUUACAACAGUCUUUUCCAUUUAUGCUGUAUCACUUUGCUUUAAAACGCACACACACACACCCCUCCCCUCCCCUCAGUGCAGUGGGGUUCACCGCAGCUCGUCCACAUAAUGAGUGCGCUGUGUGGUGGUGAACGUGGCUCUGAAACUAUGUGGUUUCCUCUCAGUUCGCUCUGCUCUUACAUUUACUUUACGCCACCACACAUUGAGUUCUGUACUGUGUACUCUGCCCAGCUCAUACACCCCACGGUUAACACUUUACACUGGGGGUGCAGCGGUAAAGAAAAAAAAACGGAAGUGAAGCUCUGAAUCUGGUAGAAUGAUCAAUGAAAGCACUGGAGGGUUGUACGGAGGAUGUUUAAAGCGUUUUUUUGUUGAGGCCUUUUUAUAAAAAUUGUGUUUAUUAAUUAUUUAUUGAAUGUUUGAUUACAGAAAAUAAAUAAAGCUUUCUGCAAAUGUU